ACGAUGGCGAGGGCGAAAUCAACGAUGUCGAUGAGGCGUAACUCGAACUUACUCUUGGACGCGACUUAGCGCGUCUCCUCAUGUGGCCGCGUGAGAAUCUCAGCGCUCUUGACAUGAGUAGUCAGGCGCUUGCCGGCUCAGCAGCAAUCUCGUCUUGCCCUCAAACGACCAUGGGCAAACGCAAAAAGUCAACUCGUAAACCAACGGGACCUAAACGCAGGGAACCACUAGAUACUUCAUUUACCUGUUUGUUCUGCCACCAUGAUAAUUCCGUGACUGUUAGGAUGGACAGAAAGGAGGGCAUUGCCCAACUGUUUUGCAAAGUUUGUGAUCAAAGGUUCCAAAGCAAAGUUAACCAUCUGACUGAACCAAUCGACAUAUAUUCCGAAUGGAUCGAUGCAGCAGAUGCAGCGGAACGUGAUGUAACGACAUCUCGUCGACCUGUUGCCUCGUCAAGUAAAGCUCAGCCUGCGGUAUCGUUUGGCAGCGACGAGGAGUGACCUUUCCGACUAUACCUUCAGCCACACUUUCCCGAUCAUCUGUAUUUUAAAUUGCAUGGACUCUCCUGUCUGCCAUACUGUAUCUGAAUAUGCCUAAGUUAUGUAUUAUUAUAAUACAUUCCAGCUGUCUACUGUC